AGUUCGAGACCACUUGCAUCCCACACACCAUGUCACAAGAUUAAGACACUCGAGACAUCUUGAAGGAUUCAAUUCGAUCCACACUUCAUCUUUUUCGUCCGCGUCAUCGCCGAAGUUAGCGGUGAAGGACAACCACAAACCGCUCUUCACCGAGUGCUUAAACUACAGGCCGACUGUGAAAGAGGAACAACCGGUUGGCACGUAUGUGUUCACGGUCCACGCAGAAGACAAAGAUCCACCCGAAAUGGGUGGUACGGUGACGUACAAGUUUGUUUCCACGCCGGGUGAAAAGGAGCGGUUUCACGUUGACCCAGAAACUGGAGCGAUAACUACGGCCGAUAUUUUCGACCACGACGAACCAUCGCGGGAAAAAGAAGCAUAUAUAACAGUCCGAGCCAGCGACAAUGGUCAGCCUCAAUUAGAUGACGCGUGUACAAUAAAAAUAAUUAUCGAAGAUAUCAAUGACAACCAGCCAGUCUUCGAUAAAGUUUCUUACUCCGAGUCCGUUCCACAAGAUCUGCCGAGUGGGAGGGAGGUAAUGAGAAUAUCGGCGACUGACAUCGACGAUGGAAACAACUCCAUAGUACACUACAGCCUCGACUCCAAUUCUCCUGACCAAGCAUAUUUUUACAUUGACCCAGACAACGGAGUCAUAUUUUUGAAUAAAACUAUUGAUAAAGUACCUGGUUACAAAUUCAAAUUGAGUGCUAUAGUUAAAGACAUGGGCGAUCCAAUACAGCAGAGCUCCAUUACUUUGGACAUCCAAGUUGUAGAAUCUAAUAAGAAGAGUCCUUCCUUCAUAGAAGUCCCAUCUGGGCCGAUUAGAUUAAAGGAGAACUAUGCAGAUUUCAAUGCGCCUAUAGCCACCGUCAAAGCUGUAUCAAAUAUUCCUGAGGAAGAGAAGCUACAGUUUGAAUUAGUCAUGGGUCAAACGGAACAGACAAACAAGUGGCACACGUUUGUAUUGGAACCCGAGGCAGACACGGCCUACAUCAAACUUGGCAACCACUUAGACUACGAGAAAAUCACAGAUUACACACUCACCGUCAGAAUACAGAAUAACUACAAAUUAGCAGCAGAGACAAUUAUCCAAAUUGAAGUUGAGGAUGUUAAUGACAAUAUACCGAUCUUCAGUGAGAUAAGAUCUGGCAGUGUACUAGAAAACGAACCACCUGGCACACAAGUGAUGCAGGUCCGAGCUUUUGACGCUGACGGAACUUCAGCAAACAACCAAGUCACAUACCAACUGGGUGAUCCAUCUGAUCCGUUUGCUAUAGACAGCAUCACCGGCAAUAUUACAACGCUGAAGAUGUUUGACAGAGAAGAGAAGAGUUUUUACAACAUCAAAAUCAUUGCCACUGAUAAUUCCGAGUCUGCGCUUAUACCAGGAAAACAUAACGCCGGUCAACAGUCGUUCUUGAUAGAAAUAGCAGAUAAGAAUGACAAUCCACCACAUUUCACGCAGGAUACUUAUGUCGCUGAAAGUAUAGCGGAGAAUGCUAAUAUCAAUGAGCUCGUUACUCAAGUUACUGCUAUUGAUACUGAUACAGCGUCCGUAGUGACAUACAGCAUCGUAGCCGGCAACACAUACGAUGCAUUCGUCAUCCGCAAUUUCACCGGAGAAAUCAGGGUGAACAACGAGCUUGAUUACGAAAACAUCACCACCUACAGCCUGGAUGUCAGAGCGUUCGACGGCAUCUAUGAGGAUUACGCGAAAGUCAUCAUCAACAUCGAAAAUUUGAACGACAACCCACCAUUAUUCUUGGAUAAUUACACCAAAACUAUUGAGGAAGAGAAGCUAUACGAAGGUUGCGUUGUUAAGGUGGAAGCUUACGACCCUGACAUCAAAGAUCGGAGUGCACCGCAGAACAUCGUCUAUUCUCUAGUCAAACACGAACAGAAAGAGUUCCUCCAGAUAGACAACGACGGUUGUCUCCGCCUCACGAAGCCGUUGGACCGCGACCAGCCUUCAGGGUUUACGAGAUGGCAGAUCCUCAUCAUGGCUGCCGAUCAAGGAGGGCGGCUUGGGUCUGACAGCUUGAGGUCCACUACAGAAGUCAUAUUGGAGUUGACCGAUAUCAACGACAACGCGCCUUUCCUGACUAAUACGCAACCUAUAAUCUGGUACGAGAACGAACCACCGGGCCAAGUGGUGGUGCUGACGGCCAAAGACUACGAUUCUCCAGAAAAUGGUCCACCAUUCGAGUUCGCGUUGAAUGAUUCUGCAUCUUUUGAGAUACGCACCAAAUUUCAUAUACAAGGCAACAUCCUGUCGACGUUAGUGACAUUUGACAGGGAACAGCAAAAAGAAUACAAGAUACCCGUGGCUAUAACAGACUCCGGUAGCCCGAGGUUAACUGGUGUCUCCAUACUCCACGUGGUCAUUGGAGACCGAAACGACAACCCCAUGGGCCCUGGACACAGCGACAUCUUCGUUUACAAUUACAAGGGCGAAGCACCGGACACGGAGAUCGGACGUGUGUACGUCACCGACCCGGACGAUUGGGACCUGCCGGACAAGCGGUUCAUGUGGCUACCUUCGUACGAGCAGAGGAGUCCAUACUUCGACGUGCACAGCAAUACUGGCAUGAUCACGAUGAAGGAGGGAACACCUAACGGCACCUAUUUGCUGAAGUUUAAUGUGACAGAAAAAAACGAGCCUAUAGUACCUUUCCAUUGGGUGGAAGCGACUGUCAAUGUUACAGUCAAAGAGAUUCCAGAAGAAGCAGUAGAUAAAUCUGGAUCCAUACGCUUCGUAAACAUCACGGCUGAGGAGUUCAUUGUGCCAGAGGCGGAUGGUACAAGCAAGAAAGACAAACUUCAUCGUCGCCUCUCCGAAUUAUACAACACGUCCAUGGACAAUGUGGACGUCUUCACAGUAUUCGGCAAGCCGACCGUGAAAGAUGUUUAUUUGGAUGUGAGGUUUUCUGCCCACGGAUCACCAUACUACCCCCCAGAGAAGCUGGACAGCAUGGUCAUAGGAAUCCAAGAAAAGUUGGAAAACGAACUCGAUGCUAAGAUUUACAUGGUGAAGAUUGACGAAUGCCUGAUAGAAAAGGAGCAAUGCGAAGACUCCUGUCGCAAUGUCCUCAUGAAAAAUAAUGUCCCUCUGUCUGUCUACACCAACACCACGAGCUUCGUCGGCGUCUCAGCGAGAGUGGAAUCCGAAUGCACAUGUGAUAUUGAAGAACCAUUGAUUUGCUUAAACGGAGGAACCCCAUUCGCGGACAAAUGCGAAUGCCCCGAAGGCCUCUCGGGACCUCGCUGCGAGCAGACCUCAAUAGGGUUCCACGGUGAAGGCUGGGCCAUGUACCAAUCACCGCCUGCCUGUCAUGAAGGUCACGUUACUCUAACAGUGACGUCACAUACCAGCAACAGCCUUGUGUUCUACCUGGGACCUUUGAAACACAACCCGCUUUUGGAUGUACAAGACUUCAUGUCGCUCGAGUUGGUGGACGGCUUCCCGGUUCUGCUGGUGAACUACGGGUCGGGCACCACCCGGCUCAACAACAGCGUGGUCCACGUGGCCGAUGGGAAACCGCACUUGAUAGAAAUAGUCCUCAUGAGGAGUUCCAUCGAGAUGUUCGUGGACAGGUGUAAACUGUCCACUUGUAUGAGCUUAGCUGCGCCAACAGGACCGAGGGAAAUAUUGAACGUAAAUGGACCGCUCCAGCUAGGUGGCGCCAGCAUCGACCUCUUGCAUCUCGCUCGCUCAUUCGGUUGGGGGCACGUACCGAGCAAUCAACAUUUCGUCGGGUGUAUCAGCAAUUUCACAUACAACGAUUUUGUAGCUUAUAAUGAAAGGUUGAACUCGGUAGUAGUACACCGCCGCAGGGCAGACGCUUGGGCCGAAAAGGAAUUAGAUGACAUCAGGGAGAACAUUAUUGCGUACGAAGACGAAGGCGGUGGCGAAGGCGAUGCGGGAUACGACCUUCACGUGCUGCGGCAGAUGUACGAUGGACCGCCACCUGAUACUGAUCCGGCGUUUAUGCAUGCACCCGGCUUGGUGGGUGCGGCACCGGACAUUUCCGGUUUCUUGGACGACAAGAAGUCCGUAUUGGACCGGGAUCCGGACAUCAACCCGUACGACGACGUGCGCCAUUACGCAUACGAGGGAGACGGCAAUACCAGCGGCUCUCUUUCCUCGUUGGCCAGUUGUACGGACGACGGUGAUUUAAAAUUCAACUACCUAUCAACAUUCGGGCCGAGAUUCCGCAAAUUGGCGGAUAUGUACGGCGAUUCAGACGAGGACAGACCCCCACACGAAGAAUCCUGGUGCUAGCAUCGCGCCUGGCUUGUCUAGCCAAACCACCCCCUAACGACUGUUGCGUAAGGGCGAAAGUCCCGUGUCAGUGCUUGAUAUAUCAAGAUGCCUUAAGAAUGAAUGUGUUUAGUGUUGUGACCGGAGGACCCCACCGUCGGAUAACUAUGGUAAUAACGCCUGUGAUAAUAUACACUAUGCCCGCGUUUAUAGAGGGAUGAAUGUCACGCGAGUCCGACUUUUGUUAGUUUAAGAAACGACUUUAAACGAAAAAAUUAUUUCAAUGUAAAAUCGCUUUAAUUGUCGUCUGUUUACAAUUUUUUUUUUUUUUUUUAAUUUUAUGUUUUUUUUUCAAUGACAGUAAUAUCGACGAUAUGUAGGUACUUUUUUUUUUACUUUUGUCACAGUAAUUUUGCUUGACGUUAAGAAUGUUUUUUUUAUUGUGAUUGUAUAUGUGACGUCAUGACGGCCUAAGGAUUUAGGGAGAACGUAAACGACCUAUUAAAAACGUACACAAAGAAAAUGUCAAUUUGUUAAAAGUAUUUGACAGUAUUAAUAUUAAUUAAAGAGAGAACGGCUCUCUUUCUAAAUAACUAAUCCGAAGGAGAAUGCCAUGGAAAUCCGCAUCAAAUCACGUUUCAAUAUUUGAUCGCACUUUGUAUUGAAAGGUUAAAAAUUGAGUAGGAACGGCAACUAUUAAUAAUAAUGUAAAUUAACAAUUGGAUGAAAGCACUUUGUCCAUUUUAAGAAAAUGACUGAAUUACGUAAAGUGUUGUUUAGGCAUUAAAGUUACUUACGGUAAAAUUACUUCUCGUGUAACUAUGUAAAAUUAAUAAAAAAAAAUAUGUGUAAGAAAACAACAUUUUUAAUGAGAACCAUUGAAGAGGUUUGCUAUUUGAUUUUAUAUAUUUUUUAUAUGACCAAACGUUUCUUUUUUUACCUACCUAGUUAUUUUAUUAAUAUUUUAAAUUAAGUGCCAUUGUUGUAUAUUCUUUAAAUAGAUAAUUCUGCAGCCACUACCAUUUCGUUGCUAAACGAUUCUAUUCCUCGAUAAUUUUUCUAGCUAUGCAAUUAAUUUUAUUUCAUGCACAUCAAUAGAAAACUAGUAAGCGUUAUUAUUGUCAUGAGUAAUGCUAUUAUUAGUAGUCUUAUUAAAUGAUUUCAACACUCAGCCAAUCACAUUUUGUUACGGCAGCUAAAAACAUCACAAAUUUCGUUAUCGGUUUUAAUAAACAUAUCGUUAUGUUCAAUAUUUGGUACACGAAUGAGACCUUUUUUUACACAUUCUUAAGAUUUGCAACAGGAAUAAUUAUUAAUUAAGGUUGAUAUAGUGAAAUCUCUUACAAGUACAGUCGCAUUGACUCGUGAAACAGUCACUUUGAUGCCUACUGCUAGUACAGUAAAAGUCACGUCAGGUCACCUAUAAUAAUGUUUAAUGGAUUUUCAACUUUAUGUUGCACUCGUUAUGGUUUAUAACUUGUUUUUUUCUUUACUCGGAUCACAUUUAGUCAAAACCCAGUCUAUGGGACUGAACUUGAUCGAUAUUUGUACUGUAUGAUCACUUAAAUGGUAGUGGCAAACACUCGCAUCCCGACUUAAAAUAUACCUUUAUAAUUUAAAAGUUCUAGGCUAAGUAUUUUUUUACUGUACUAUAAUACGUUGUGACUUAUUGUAAUUCUUUGAGCCAUUCGUCCUGCUUUAUUUAUACAAAAGUGUUGUAUAAAAAUAAUUUUAAAAUAAAAUCAAAACGAAAUAUUUAACUUUGUGUUUUUUUAUACCCGGACUCUUCAUGAUUUUUUUAACUGGAUAAAUAGACAUAUUAAGGAAUACUUAUUCACGUCAAAUACCCGUUGGACAUUGUUAAAAUUGGCCUAAAAAAUUAAUAAAAAUACAUAAACAUUCGUAAGUGAAUAGUGUUACUAAGUUAUGUUUAAUUUGUAAAUAUGUAAAAAAUAUGGUGAAAUCUACUACAGCGUUUGUAACUUAAAUGUUCUGCAGUAUGCGUUUCAUAUAAGUAUAGUAUAAUUAUAAUACGCGAAUAUACAAGGUGUCUUAAAAUUAUGCAUAUCAACAAUUGUAAUAUAACGACUUUGUUGUUCUAACAGUUACUUGGUAUUUCUCAAUGUGACGUAACCAUACACUGUAUAAUAUUCAUAAUGAAAAAUAAGUAAUAAUAUUGCUAUUAACAUUGAUAAAACUAUAGAUAUCAGUACAGAUUGACCAAGUUAAAACUAAUGUUAUGCACUGUUUCAAUUAAUCAGUUUGAUUGUUUUAAUAGAAAAAGCAUUUCCAUACUGUAAAAACAAAAAAUGCGAUAAAACAAUAAUAAAUAAAUAAAUUUAUACAAAGGUACAGUCGUCAUUAAAAUUCAUAGUUAUUUUUUCGCAAAUGUGGAAGACUGCAGUUGAUUUCCAAUUUUUAAAUAUUUUGAUGAUAUUUUUAAUUACCAUGACAAAAGGCCUACGGCGUAAUAUUUUUCAGUGUUUUGUACUUGACUUUUUCAGUAUCACGAAUUAUUUUAAGGUAUUAAUUUAUUAAGAGCUUAGAAAAUGGUUAUAAAUACGAUAUAAUUAAAAAUCAUAUUUAAAAACAGAUAUCAUUUUGGUUUCAUUAUUACCAAAUUUUUUUGUUAUUCAUACUCUGUGUUAUUAUUUCAUUUAUUCUCUCUAUUUGUUAAACUCAAGAACAAAUGAAACGAAUAAUGAAUUAUAAAAUACAUAGUAUUGAUAUAAAUGCUUUGAUGGUAAUUCAUCAGAGAAAUAGAAAAAUAUUUUACCAUAAAUGAAAUUUUUAUUUAAUUCAUCGCACUGUAAGAAGCUUAUUAUAAAUUGUAGCAGUCGCUUAUCGGAUAAAACUGUUUGAUAUAUUUCCAUUCAUCGUACCUACGACACUGUAUAUUUUUUGCUAAGUCCAUUAGAUAGUUAGAUGAUAAUAAAUUUGUAAAAAUAUUUCAAGAAAACAUUCCAAUAAAGUAUGAUAAAUUCAAUAAUGUGUAACUGUUGAUGUAUUUAAUGGUUAAAAUAGUCUUAUUGGAUCAAUUAUUCGUACUUAGAAAAUCUUUCGGUGAACAUUUUCCGAUUUAAAUUGUUUAGCAUUUAGGUUUGUAUUUUGUUUGUAAGUGUAUUUAUCCAAAAAUGAUCACCGAAGGACAAGGGGAUAUUGAAAUUUUGAACCACUGCCAUUAAGAAAAUGUAAUUAUAGCCGUAUUAUUAUAAGAGAUACGUAUUGAUGUUUUUAAUCAAUUUAAUU